AUGGAUAACACUGGGUCAAUUAACAAUGAAGAUUGCAUUGAAACUGUUGAAAACGAAGACGAUGUCGACUUUUCGGAAGAAAGAGAACUAGUUAGCGAUUCGUGUUCAACAAAAGUUUUAGAUAACUGCGAAGAGCCUUUAGACCGAUAUCGCAUUGUAUAUUUUUUAUUUUAUUUAUUCGGCAUAACUUCACUUGUACCAUGGAACUUUUUGAUUACUGCAAAUGAUUAUUGGAUGUACAAAUUUCGAGAUGUGGAGCCAAACAACUUGACAAUGUUUGUCCGCAAAACUCAGUUUCAAGCUGAGUUUACUUCCUAUUUAAAUGUGGCAACUGCUAUACCUAACUUGGUAUUUCUUAUUCUAAAUUCAAUAUAUGGACAUCUAGUGUCAGUAAGAAGUAGACUGCUCGGUUCGCUUAUAGUUGUGACCCUUUCAUUCAUAGUGACCACAUCUCUUGUGAUGGUGGACACUGAUGAAUGGCAGAAUACCUUCUUUAUCGUCACAAUGGUCACAGUUGUUAUUAUGACUGCCGCCAGCGCAAUAUUCAUAUCAGGCCUAAUGGGAACCUCAAGUAAAUUUUCAAGGGAAUACAUGGCUGCUGUGAUCAGCGGUCAGUCCUUGGGGGGCAUAAUAGCAGCAGUCGCGCAGAUCAUAUCCCUCGCCUUCAAAAUAUCCCCCCUUCACAGCGCGCUGAUCUACUUCUGUAUAGCUGACUUUAUGGUUAUAACGUCGCUUAUAUCAAAUCGGGAAGCGUACUUAACGAUCGUGCUGAAGAAAGUGUGGGUGUAUGCAUUCAGUAUGUUCGCUGUGUACGGGAUAUCGAUGUGUGUGUACCCAGCUGUCACUGUUUUGGUUGAAUCCCAUCCGGCUACGUCGGGAACUGAUUGGAAUAAUAUAUUCUUCGUACCGGUCGUGAAUUAUCUAAUAUUCAACUGCGGUGACUACGCCGGACGACUUGUUGCUGGCUUUCUCCUAAAACCCACGAACCAGUGGGUCAUCGCCGCUGCGAGUGUCUUCCGAAUAAUCGGCGUUCCCAUGCUGAUGCUGUGCAACGCCCAGCCACGGAAGCACCUGCCGGUCAUAUUCCUGUGGGACUAUGAAUACAUCAUGAUCAUGAUCGUCUUCUCCUUCACCAAUGGAUACUUGACCAACAUCAUUAUGGUCAACGCUACCCGGGUCGUAGAUAUGCACGAGAGGGAGAAAGCGUCUUCAAUUAUUGUCACAAUGUUGAGCGUCGGGCUGACAGCGGGCGCAGCCGUGGGUAUGCUGCUAGUAAGACUAUUGUAG